GGAUGACAGAACGGCGAGCCAAGCUACCGUUAACCCGAGGGCGUGAAACCAGCCGGCUAACGAGCUAACGGAGUUAGUUAAAGGCUAACUAUGAAAACCAAGAUUGCAACAUAGCGUUAGUUAGUUGAAGGUAGGGUCAUUGUAGAAAUACUUUUGGAGUUAAGGCUAACUUUACGUUACCAACCGAAGCAUUGGCUAGCUAAUGUUAAAUCUGAUUAAGCCUUCAAGUUAACGCAGCUUGCUAACGCAUUAACCUAUUUGAUGUGGCCUGACAGUGGUAGCCCAAGGUUAGAUAACAUUUACUGAGAAAUCUGUUGUUGGAAAGUUGAAAUCACGUCGAGAAAUCAUGGCGUCGAUGCUGUUUGAUUCGACAACAUAUGCAGAGGAGCAGUUUUGACUUAGGGCUGUCAACAAGCUCGCUGACGUUAGCUAUCCUGGCUAGCCAGCUAGCUCUCUUGCUAACAUGGCCAAAAUAGAAAACGGCCGUCAAUCAGUGGACACAAGGAGUAUCCGGACUAUUAGCAGCACCCACAUAGACGAUGAAAGCUCUUUGGGAUCCGACUCAGAGAUCAACGGUUUCACCAGCGACAGACAAACCGAUAAAUAUGGAUUUAUUGGUGGGGCACAGCAGUACUCGGAACAGUCAGCUCAGGAUGUGCCUCCAGAAGUGCUCAGGCAAAGGGAGGUGAAGUGGUUGGACAUGCUCAACCACUGGGACAAGUGGAUGAUCAAGAGAUUCGAUAAGGUGAGGCUGAGGUGCCAGAAAGGAAUCCCUCCUGCCCUCCGAGGCCGUGCAUGGCUCUAUCUGUCAGGGGGGAAGGUGAAGAAAGAGCAGAACCAAGGAAAGUUUCAGGAGCUGGAUAGUCAGCCAGGGGACCCCAAAUGGCUUGAUGUGAUUGAGAAAGACCUCCAUCGACAGUUCCCUUUCCAUGAGAUGUUUGUGUCACGGGGAGGACACGGGCAGCAGGACCUGUUUCGUGUUCUUAAGGCCUACACUCUCUUCAGACCAGAGGAGGGAUACUGCCAGGCUCAGGCUCCCAUUGCUGCUGUGUUGCUCAUGCACAUGCCUGCUGAGGAUGCAUUCUGGGGGCUGGUCCAAAUUUGUGAGAAGUAUCUUCCUGGCUACUACAGUCCUGGCCUGGAAGCUAUACAGUUAGAUGGAGAGAUCCUGUUCGCUCUGUUGCGACGUGUCUCCCCACUAGCCUUCCGCCAUCUGGAGAAACACAAGAUUGACCCCAUCCUCUACAUGACUGAAUGGUUUAUGUGUGCCUUCUCCAGAACGCUGCCUUGGGCCUCAGUGCUGCGUGUCUGGGACAUGUUCCUCUGUGACGGAGUAAAGAUAAUCUUCCGUGUGGGUUUGGUGCUACUUAAGUGCAUGCUGGGGACCCGGGAGAAGCUGAAGGCCUGUCAGGGCCAGUAUGAGACCAUGGAGCUUCUCAGGGCCAUAGAGCCUCGAUACAUGCAGGAGGGCUACCUCGUCCGGGAGAUCCUGGAGGUGCAAGUGACCGCACGAGAUGUGGAAAGAGAGCAUCACACCCAGCUGAAGCGCUGGAAGAAGAACCGCGGAGAGCUGAAUUUCAAGCCGCCUCCGAGGAUGCACGGUGCGCGGCUCAUCAUGUUGGCCGAGCCGCCCAGGCGCCAGGACCUGCAGCAGAACCCCACCAUUUUACUGGAGGUGCCUCAGCCCACCGCGCAGCUGAAAAAGGGCAAAGAGGAGAGGAAGAGCAAGAAGAAGAAGAGCAUUAAGAAAUCCCAGCCCACUAUGGAGAUCCCUAACCCUUACCCUCUUCUAAACGACCCUCCUCCUCCUCCUCCACCCUCAGAUCCACCUGCUCCACCUCCUGUCAGGGACGAGACACCAGAGGCCGUGCCACAAACUGACACAGACUCACCUCACCAGCAGCAAGCGCCUCCUACAGACCUUCCCCCUGCCAAAGAAUCUCCUCUUCAGCGAUCCACACAAAGCCUUAGCAGCACAGAGCAGGAUACAUACCUGUAGCUCCACAGCAGUGUGUGUGUGUGUGUGUGUUGUGUGUGUGUGUGUGUGUCUGUGUCUGUGUGUGUCUG